UUCCCGCCAAACUAUAUAUACAGAGGUGUAAAAGCGCGAAACCAUUUCAUUCCCAAAUCCCUUGGCUUCCUCAGUACUCUCGUGCUGUUUUCUUCUUUUCGGCGUCCAUCUCAUCACCGUUAUACCAUGUCAAAAAAAAGAGGGCUCUCUUUGGAAGAGAAACGUGAGAAAAUGCUACAGAUUUUCUAUGACUCUCAGGACUUCUUCCUUCUGAAGGAGCUUGAGAAAUCGGGCCCCAAAAAGGGUGUAAUUAUGCAGUCAGUGAAAGAUGUUGUCCAAAGUCUAGUAGACGAUGACCUUGUUUUCAAAGACAAGAUUGGAACUUCUGUAUACUUUUGGAGUCUUCCUAGCUGUGCUGGUAACCAGUUAAGAAAUAUACAGAAAAAGCUCGAUGCUGAUCUCCAGAGUAGUGAAAAACGAUAUGUAGAACUUAAUGAACAGUGCAGUGAUUUGAAGAAGGGACGAGAGGAAUCUGAUGAAAGGGAGGAGGCUCUUGAUGAACUUAAAGCUAUUGAGAAGAAAUAUAACGAGCUCAAGGAUGAAAUUUCACAAUACUCGGACAAUGAUCCAGCUACAUUUGAGGCAAUGAAGCAAGCGACUGAGGUAGCUCUUGCAGCAGCUAAUAGAUGGACAGAUAACAUCUUCACACUGCGACAAUGGUGCUCAAAAAACUUUCCUCAGGCAAAAGAACAACUCGAGCAACUAUACAAUGAGGUCGGAAUAACUGACGACAUUGACUAUUUGGAGUUACCUUCACCAGUUCCACUUUGCUCUAACUGUGACCCGAUGCUCGAAGGGAAUCUUUGAGCUCUGUAGCUUGGGGUGAGAAAGCAGCACACAAUAAAUAUUAAGAAUGAUGGAAUUUUUACUAGUUCUAACAGAAGCUGACUUUCUUCACUUUCUAUAAAGAUUGCUCUUAAAUUUUUACAUGGCAGUGACAGUGAAUUAAUCUUCUCUGCAGAGUAACUGCCAAUUUCCCCAGAUUUUAUCUGAUUUUGGUUAUGGAUACUAUUGAACAUGAGGCCGUUAGGUAUGCUGUAAAUAAUCGUUAUUUUGUUGCGUGUUUGAAUUUGUACCUAUUGUGGAUUAUGCUCAAAUUAGAUUAGAUAUUGUGUAAACACAGGAGAAAUAGUUUUGAAAAUAGUUUGGUGACAUCUUGUCAAAUUAGU